AUGGAGGUGGAGACCACCAGGCCGCCGCCGCCGGCUUCCGCGCCGUUCAUGCCGUCGUCGUUGGCGUCUGCCUCGGGGCCAGCGGGCGGCGGGGAGGAGUUCACGGAGGACGAUCUCGCGGCGGCGGACCAGCUGGUGCAGCUCAGCGUCAGCGUCGGCGGCGAGGAGGACCAGUGCUGUUCGUCGUCGGCCUGGUCGGUGAACAACGCCGAGAACGAGGAUGACGAGGAGGAGGAGGGCGCCGCGGGCCGGGGGCUGGUGGACCGGAGGGCUAGGAAGCGCUACCGGCUGGUGUCGGAGCUCUACGCCGCCACCAGGCAGGUGAAGGCGGCCGGCGCCGGCGGUGGUGGUGGCAGCAGGAGGCGGAAGGGCAGGGACGGGGUGGGGAAUUGA